AUGCCUUUCGCACAAUUGGUCAUUGGCCCCCCGGGCGCGGGCAAGUCUACCUAUUGCAAUGGUAUGCACCAGUUCCUGGGCGCCAUCGGCCGGAAAUGCUCCGUCGUCAACCUCGACCCCGCCAACGACAAAACGUCAUAUCCGUGUGCGCUGGACGUGCGCGAUUUGGUGACCCUGGAGGAGAUCAUGGAGGAGGACCGACUUGGUCCGAAUGGAGCCACACUAUACGCCCUUGAAGAGCUCGAAGAGAAUUUUGGCUGGCUAGAGGACGGGUUGAAGGAGCUCGGAGAGGAUUAUAUUCUUUUCGACUGCCCGGGGCAGGUCGAGCUCUUUACGCACCAUUCGUCCCUACGGAAUAUCUUUUUCAGGAUCCAGAAACUGGGCUAUCGGAUGAUAGUUAUCCACCUGGUCGACUCGUACACACUAACCCUCCCCUCGAUGUACAUCUCAGCACUCCUCCUCUCCCUCCGCGCCAUGCUCCAACUCGACCUGCCACACCUGAACGUCCUCACCAAAAUCGACAACCUAUCCAACUACGCCCCGCUCCCCUUCAACCUUGAGUUCUACACCGAGGUCCAAGACCUGUCCUAUUUGCUACCACACCUCGAAGCUGAAUCAUCACGGCUUUCGCAUCAGAAAUUCGGCGCCCUCAACACGGCGAUUAUUGAUCUGGUCGAGGAGUUUGGGCUUGUCGCGUUCGAGACGCUGGCCGUUGAGGAUAAGAAGAGCAUGAUGAGUCUGCUGCGGGCGAUUGACCGCGCCUCUGGGUAUGCGUUUGGCUCGGCUGAGGGUGCGAAUGAUACGGUCUGGCAGGUUGCCGUGCGUGAGGGCAUGGGUGGCAUGGAUGUGAGGGAUGUGCAGGAGCGGUGGCUCGAUGCGAAGGAGGAGUAUGAUGCGUUGGAGGAACAGGAACUUGAGGAAGAAGCCCGUCUGCGCACGGCCGCGGCAAAUGCAGCAGAAGGCAAGUACCAAGCCGAGGGCGAGGAUGCCGAUGAUGAUGAUCAGGAGUUGGCCAACUGGAAGAAUGGGCCGCUACCGGAUAGCGGGGUGAAAGUGCACCGAAAGGCAUGA